AUGCCAUUAAAGUCGGGAGUAUUGCAAAGGUUACGAAGACUGUCACACAAAUGCACUUUUUCUGAUGACUCACAGACAGUUCGUAAAGUUCAAGUCAGUAGCAAAGGGGUCAUUGUUCGUGAGAUCCCUACUCCUGCUUCUCCAUCAUCUAAGAAAAGAAGAGCUCAAGAUGUAAUCAAUCAUAUCUCAAAGAAGCAGUACAAACGCAAAAUCGUUCUUCGUGAUGAUUCGUCCAAAAACGAAGUGGUCCCUGAUACACCACCAGUUUCGUCUACUCCCAUGGUAACUUCAGUUCCUAUUAUUUCAUCAGUUACUCUUAUUAUUCCUAUUGCACCUUCAACAACUAUUCCACUCGAAAUAGUGGUGACCAAGUCAAUUUCUGAAUAA